UGCGCCUCUCUGUCCCCUGCCCAGAGGAAGGGGGAAGCCAGGGGCCCAUUUGGGGGCCCAGCCCCCAGUCCCACCCAGCAGAGGAAGCGAGGGUCGGGGCAGCUGUGAUUGCUCCCUGGUCCUGGAGAGGAAACUGGUCAUCUGCUUUAUCUGAAGAUUUUCAGCUGAUGAAUAACUAGGAGGCUCAAAUACUGUCUUACCUGAGUUCAGGACAAGCAACUUGGAGAGCGUGCUCUUCUGUGGCAGGUCUGUCUAGGGCAGGAUGGCCCAGGAUCUCAGCGAGAAGGACCUGUUGAAGAUGGAGGUCGAGCAGCUAAAGAAGGAAGUGAAAAACACAAGAAUUCCGGUUUCCAAAGCGGGAAAGGAAAUCAAGGAGUACGUGGAGGCCCAAGCAGGAAACGACCCUUUUAUCAAAGGCAUCCCUGAAGACAAGAAUCCCUUCAAGGAGAAAGGCGGCUGUCUGAUAAGCUGAUGGCACAGAGCCCCGCCCUGAGAGUCUGUCCCUGUUCAGCCGAGCCUAAGUCUCCUAGACCCCCAGGGAGCCAGUAAACUGUCACCUUCUCUUCAUCGAAGAAUGAGUAAAGACCCCUGAACAAAUGCACUGUGAAUCAUUCCCCACUCCCACCUUCGACUCUUUUCUCCCAUGAUUUCCCCCACCUGCUGGGUCUCUGCUGACCUUGCUGGGAGCUCUGAGGACAGUGUGACUGGCUGAGCUGUUGGCCCCAUGGGUGGUGGGGUGUGAGGAGCCUGCGAUACCCUGAGACCUCAGAGAGCAGUCCUUGGGAAGCACUUACACCUCCUUAGAGCCCCUCCAUCUUUUCCCUCCACUCUUUCCCUAGGAAAAAAGCAUUUCCACGCCAGAGUAGUUUGGGCUGGGGGCCAGGGUUGGGGGGUCCCGUCCCCCCAUCUCAUGUCCUACCCUGUGGUCCUGUUCCUAAUCAUUUAGAUCACCCUAGAUGGCCUGAUGACAACAAGAGUUUGUGAAGUUA